AUGGGUGUUCCCAACGGCAAUUCUCCAGCCAACGGCGCUGGUAGCUCUCUCGCCGAUAUUCCUUCACAUUUCGUCGGUGGCAACAAUGUGGAGGUAGCGCCCCCGAGCGCUGUCAAGGACUUUGUUGUCAACCAUGGAGGUCACUCCGUCAUCAGCUCGGUGCUGAUCGCCAACAACGGUAUCGCCGCCGUCAAGGAGAUCCGUUCAGUACGGAAAUGGGCUUACGAGACCUUUGGCAAUGAGCGUGCCAUUCAAUUCACUGUUAUGGCCACCCCCGAAGAUUUGCACGCCAAUGCCGACUAUAUUCGUAUGGCCGAUCAAUACGUCGAGGUGCCCGGAGGUACAAAUAAUAAUAAUUAUGCCAACGUCGAGCUGAUUGUCGAUGUGGCCGAGCGUAUGGAUGUUCACGCUGUCUGGGCUGGUUGGGGUCACGCCUCUGAGAACCCCCGGUUACCUGAGUCGCUGGCGGCCUCGCCCAAGAGAAUUAUCUUCAUUGGUCCUCCUGCGUCAGCCAUGCGCUCAUUGGGUGACAAGAUUUCUUCCACCAUUGUUGCACAGCAUGCCGGUGUGCCCUGUAUCCCCUGGUCAGGAACCGGUGUCGACGAUGUAGAGGUUGAUGAACAUGGCAUUGUUACCGUGAAGGAUGAUGUCUACGCCAAGGGUUGCACAUUCUCCCCCGCGGAGGGUCUCGAGAAGGCCAAGCAGAUCGGUUUCCCCGUUAUGAUCAAGGCCUCCGAAGGUGGUGGUGGUAAGGGUAUCCGAAAGGUCGAGAGUGAGGACGACUUCGUCUCCCUGUACAAUGCGGCUGCGAACGAGAUUCCCGGUUCGCCCAUCUUCAUUAUGAAGCUGGCUGGAAACGCCCGUCAUUUGGAGGUGCAGCUGCUGGCUGAUCAGUAUGGAAACAACAUCUCCCUCUUUGGUCGUGAUUGUUCCGUUCAGCGUCGUCAUCAGAAGAUUAUUGAGGAGGCUCCUGUCACCAUCGCCAAGCCCAUUACUUUCCAGGCUAUGGAGAAGGCUGCCGUCAGCUUGGGUCGUCUGGUCGGUUACGUCUCUGCUGGUACCGUUGAGUACCUGUACUCCCACUCCGAUGACAAGUUCUACUUCUUGGAGUUGAACCCCCGUCUGCAAGUCGAGCAUCCUACCACUGAGAUGGUUUCCGGUGUCAACUUGCCCGCUGCUCAGCUUCAGAUUGCUAUGGGUAUCCCUCUGCACCAGAUCCGCGAUAUUCGUCUCCUCUACGGUGUUGACCCCAACACUUCCUCCGAUAUCGACUUCGACUUCUCUAGCGAGGAGAGCUUCCAGACUCAGCGUCGCCCCCAGCCCAAGGGCCACACCACCGCUUGUCGUAUCACCUCUGAGGACCCUGGUGAGGGUUUCAAGCCUUCCAGCGGUACUAUGCACGAGUUGAACUUCCGUAGUUCUUCCAACGUCUGGGGUUACUUCUCCGUCGGUACUGCCGGUGGUAUUCACAGUUUCUCCGACAGUCAGUUCGGUCACAUUUUCGCCUACGGUGAGAACCGAUCUGCUUCCCGAAAGCACAUGGUUGUUGCCCUGAAGGAAUUGAGCAUUCGUGGUGAUUUCCGUACCACUGUUGAGUACCUCAUUAAGUUGCUGGAGACUCCCGCUUUCGAGGACAACACCAUCACCACUGGUUGGUUGGAUCAGCUGAUUUCCAACAAGCUGACUGCCGAGCGUCCCGAUCCCAUUGUCGCUACUGUCUGUGGUGCUGUCACCAAGGCUCACCUUGCCAGCGAGGCCGGUAUUGAAGAGUACCGUCGUGGUCUGGAGAAGGGUCAGGUCCCCUCCAAGGAUGUCCUGAAGACUGUCUUCCCCGUCGACUUCAUCUACGAGGGUCACCGCUACAAAUUCACUGCUACUCGUGCUGGUCCCGACAGCUACCACUUGUUCAUCAAUGGCUCCAAGUGUUCCGUCGGUGUCCGUGCCCUUGCGGACGGUGGUUUGCUGGUUCUGCUGGACGGCCGCAGUCACAACGUGUACUGGAAGGAGGAGCCUGCUGCCACUCGUCUCAGCGUUGACGGCAAGACUUGCCUUCUGGAGCAGGAGAACGACCCUACCCAGCUUCGCUCGCCCUCCCCCGGUAAACUGGUCAAGUUCACUGUUGAGAACGGUGAGCACGUCCGUGCUGGCCAGCCUUACGCUGAGGUUGAGGUCAUGAAGAUGUACAUGCCCCUUAUCGCUCAGGAGGAUGGUAUUGUGCAGCUCAUUAAGCAGCCUGGUGCUACUCUCGAGGCUGGUGACAUCCUCGGUAUCUUAGCUCUGGAUGACCCUACCCGCGUUAAGCACGCCCACCCCUUCACUGGUCAACUCCCUGAGAUGGGUUCGCCCGUUGUUCUCGGUACCAAGCCUCCUCAGCGCUUCACCCUGCUGUACAGCAUUCUUGAGAACAUCCUGCGCGGUUUCGACAACCAGGUUAUCAUGAACGCUACCCUGAAGCAGUUGGUUGAGGUCCUCCGUAACCCUGACCUUCCCUACGGAGAGUGGAACGCUCAGUCCUCUGCUCUGCACUCCCGUAUGCCCCAGAAGCUGGAUGCCCAGCUGCAGAACGUCGUUGACAAGGCCCGUGCUCGCCAGGCUGAGUUCCCCGCUAAGCAGCUCCAGAAGACUACUGCUCGUUUCAUCGAGGAGAAUGUCAGCGCUGGUGAUGCUGAGAUCCUCCGCACCACUAUUCUGCCUUUGACUCAGGUCAUCAACAAGUACCUUGAUGGACUGAAGGUCAACGAGUACAAUGUCUUCAUUAGCCUGCUUGAGCACUACUACGAAGUCGAGAAGGUCUUCUCUACCGGCACCAAGCGUGAUGAGGAUGUCAUUCUUAAGCUGCGUGAGGAGAACAAGGAGGAGAUCACCAAGGUUGUUUCCACUGUUCUGUCCCACAGCCGUAUUGGCUCCAAGAACAACCUGGUCCUGGCCAUCCUGGACAUGUACCGCCCCAACCAGCCCGAGGUUGGCAACGUUGGCAAGUACUUCAAGACUGUUCUCAAGAAGCUCACUGAGCUUGAGGCUCGUGCUGCUGCUAAGGUCACUCUCAAGGCCCGUGAGGUCCUGAUCCAGUGCGCCAUGCCUUCUCUCGAGGAGCGUCUGUCCCAGAUGGAGCAUAUUCUCCGCUCCUCCGUUGUCGAGUCCCGCUACGGUGAGACUGGCUGGGAGCACCGUGAGCCCGAGUUCGGUGCCCUCAAGGAGGUUGUCGACUCCAAGUACACUGUCUUCGAUGUGCUGCCUCGCUUCUUCGUCCACCAGGACCCUUGGGUUACCCUUGCUGCCCUGGAGGUUUACGUGCGCCGUGCUUACCGUGCCUACACUCUCAAGGCCAUUGACUACAGCCACGCCACCGAGACUCCCUUCCUGUCUUGGGACUUCACCCUCGGCAAGCUCGGCCAGUCUGAGUUCGGCUCUGUCUCCUCCACCCAGCCUUCUGCUCCCGGUACCCCAAUUUCCGAGAGCCCUAGCCCCUUCAAGCGUAUCAACUCCAUCAGUGAUAUGUCUUACAUGAUCAACGACCCCUCCAGCGACCCCGUCCGCAAGGGUGUUAUCAUCCCUGUUCAGUACCUGGAGGAUGCUGAGGAAUUCCUGCCCAAGGCUCUUGAGAUCUUCCCCCGUGUUGGUGCCAAGGCUACCCCCGGUGGUAACGGUCUGAUCGCUAACCUUGAGGGCAAGCGCCGUCCUACCGGCACUCUCAAGAUUGAGCAUGACAGCGAGCUUACCGGUGUCUGCAACAUCGCUAUUCGCGAUAUUGAGGACCUCGAUGACGCUCAGCUUGUUGCUCAGAUGGAGAAGUUGCUGGCUGAUUUCAAGGAGGAGUUGGUGUCUCGCCGCGUUCGCCGUGUCACCUUCAUCUGUGGCAAGGAGGGUGUCUACCCCGGCUACUUCACUUUCCGUGGCCCUCUCUACGAGGAGGACGUCAGCAUUCGUCACAGCGAGCCCGCCCUGGCCUUUCAGCUGGAGCUGGGACGUCUGUCCAAGUUCAAGAUCAAGCCCGUCUUCACUGAGAACCGUAACAUUCACGUUUACGAGGCUCUUGGAAAAGGUCCUGAGAACGACAAGGCUGUUGACAAGCGUUACUUCGUUCGUGCUGUGGUCCGUCCUGGUCGUCUCCGUGAUGACAUCCCCACUGCUGAGUACCUGAUCUCAGAGGCUGAUCGCCUGAUGAACGAUAUUCUGGAUGCUUUGGAGAUCAUUGGUAACAACAACUCUGAUCUGAACCACAUCUUCAUCAACUUCUCUCCCGUCUUCAACCUGCAGCCCAUCGAUGUUGAGCAGGCCCUGGCUGGCUUCCUCGACCGCUUCGGUCGUCGUCUGUGGCGCACCCGUGUCACCGGUGCUGAGAUCCGUAUUCUCUGCACUGACCCCACCACCGGCAUGCCUUACCCUCUGCGUGUGAUCAUCAGCAACACCUACGGAUUCAUCAUCCAGGUUGAGUUGUACAUCGAGCGCAAGUCUGAGAAGGGCGAAUGGAUCUUCCAGAGCAUUGGUGGCACCACCAAGCUCGGCUCCAUGCACAUGCGUCCUGUGUCUACUCCCUACCCUACUAAGGAAUGGCUGCAGCCCAAGCGUUACAAGGCUCACCUUAUGGGAACCCAGUACGUCUACGAUUUCCCUGAGCUCUUCCGCCAGGCCUUCCAGAACAGCUGGACCAAGGCUCUUGAGACCAUCCCCUCUCUCGCCUCCCAGCGUCCUCCUGUUGGCGAGUGCAUCGACUACAGCGAGCUUGUUCUUGAUGACACCGACAACCUGGUUGAGGUCUCUCGUGAGCCUGGUACCAACUCCCACGGUAUGGUCGGAUGGAUCGUCACUGCCCGUACCCCCGAGUACCCCAAGGGUCGUCGCUUCAUCAUCGUUGCCAACGAUAUCACCUUCCAGAUUGGUUCCUUCGGUCCUCAGGAAGAUAAGUUCUUCCACAAAUGUACCGAGCUUGCUCGCAAGCUGGGUAUCCCCCGUAUCUACCUGUCUGCCAACUCCGGUGCUCGCAUUGGUAUGGCCGAUGAGCUGAUUCCUUACUUCUCUGUUGCCUGGAACGACGCUGCCAAGCCCGAGGCUGGCUUCAAGUACCUCUACCUCACCCCCGAGGUCAAGAAGCGCUUCGAUGCUAGCAAGCAGAAGGAGGUCAUCACUGAGCUCAUCACCGAGGAUGGUGAGGAGCGCCACAAGAUCACCACCAUCAUUGGUGCCAAGGACGGUCUUGGUGUUGAGUGUCUGAAGGGCUCUGGUCUCAUUGCCGGUGCCACUUCCAAGGCUUACGAAGACAUCUUCACCAUCACCCUGGUUACUUGCCGUUCCGUCGGUAUUGGUGCUUACCUGGUCCGUCUUGGUCAGCGUGCUAUCCAGGUUGAGGGUCAGCCCAUCAUCCUGACUGGUGCUCCUGCUAUCAACAAGCUCCUGGGUCGUGAGGUCUACACCUCCAACUUGCAGCUUGGUGGUACUCAGAUCAUGUACAACAACGGUGUCUCCCACAUGACUGCCAACGAUGACUUCGAGGGUGUGCAGAAGAUUGUUGAGUGGAUGUCCUUCGUUCCCGACAAGAAGAAUGCUCCUGUUCCCAUCCGUGCCUGGUCCGAUGACUGGGACCGUGACAUCGGCUACUUCCCUCCUGCCAAGCAGACCUACGAUGUCCGCUGGCUCAUUGGUGGUAAGCAGGAUGAGGAGGGCUUCCUGCCCGGUCUCUUCGAUAAGGACUCCUUCGAGGAGGCUCUCGGCGGUUGGGCCAAGACUGUCGUCGUUGGUCGUGCUCGUCUCGGUGGUAUCCCUAUGGGUGUCAUCGCUGUCGAGACUCGCGCUGUCGAGAACGUCACCCCUGCCGACCCUGCUAACCCCGACUCCAUGGAGAUGAUCACCCAGGAGGCUGGUGGUGUUUGGUACCCCAACUCUGCCUUCAAGACCGCCCAGGCUCUGCGUGACUUCAACAACGGUGAGCAGUUGCCCGUCAUGAUCUUGGCCAACUGGAGAGGCUUCUCUGGUGGUCAGCGUGAUAUGUACAACGAGGUCCUAAAGUACGGUUCGUACAUCGUCGACGCCCUCGUCAAGUACGAGCAGCCCAUCUUCGUGUACAUUCCUCCCCACGGUGAGCUCCGUGGUGGAUCUUGGGUCGUCGUCGACCCCACCAUCAACCCUGAGCAGAUGGAGAUGUACGCUGACGAGGAGGCCCGUGGUGGUGUCCUCGAGCCCGAGGGUAUCGUCAACAUCAAGUACCGUCGCGACAAGCAGCUGGAUACCAUGGCUCGUCUGGAUGCCACCUACGGUGAGCUCCGUCGUUCUCUGGAUGACCAGACCCUCAGCAAGGACCAGCUCUCAGAGAUCAAGACCAAGAUGGCUGCCCGCGAGGAGCAACUUCUGCCCGUUUACCUGCAGAUUGCCCUGCAGUUCGCCGAUCUCCACGACCGUGCCGGCCGUAUGCAAGCCAAGAACACCAUCCGUCAACCUCUCCAGUGGCAGAACGCCCGUCGCUUCUUCUACUGGCGUCUGCGCCGCCGUUUGAGCGAGCAGCUCAUCGUCAAGCGCAUGGUCGCUGCUUCUCCUGCCCCGACCACCCCCACCGGUGCUGCCGGUACCAUCCCCUCCUCCGGCCCAACCACCCACUCCACCACCGAGUCCCCUCGUGCUGUGCACCUCCGCACUUUGCACUCCUGGACCGGUCUCCUCGACAACGAAGUCGAGCACGAUGACCGCAAGGUCGCUACCUGGUACGAGGAGAACAAGAAGCUCGUCCAGUCCAAGGUUGAGUCUCUCCGUACUGAGGGUGUUGCCUCUGAGGUUGCUCAACUCCUUAUUGGAAACAAGGAGGGUGGUCUCCGUGGUGUUCAGCAGGUUCUUUCUAUGCUUCCUGUUGAGGAGCGUGAGUCUGUUCUCAAGUACCUUGGAUCUGCUUAA